GAUCGGCCAGCCAGAAAAGUGAUCAGUCUGCGUCUCGAACAUGGCUCGUCUCGGAGUGGUUGGGAUUUUCCUCGUGUUUUUCGUCGCCACAUGGACGCGUCGAAGCGAAGCCCUCGACGACCACCAGCUCUCCCAAGAUUUGCUUGACCUCAAGCUUAUGGGUCUUCGGUUGGAGACUAAACUCACAAUGAUCGAGGGGCUUGUGAACAGGCUGAACGCCCAGGCCAACAAGUGCGCCCAGAACGGCCGCAGCGGCGGCGGGGGUGAGUCCGAGACCGAAGUGGCGACGAGCGACACGCAGGAACGCAUCCUCAGGGCACAGCAGGCCAUCAUCGACAUCAGCAAUCGCAACACCGUGGAGCUGGAGAACCUGUCCCAGCUAGUCGUCACGCAGACCUCCAAGCUGGCCAACCGGUCGGACGCCAUGUUGGGACUCCUCAAGUCUUCCAGGCAACCGGACAUCGCCGCAUCUACUCAGGGACGAAGACACCCCGUGGACAGACACAAUGUCUAGUUGCAGGGUGCAUACGGGAAUCGAGACACCUGAACGGA